GUUAGUGUUGGUGUGUUGUGGUGACGAGUGUGUAUUUGUUUUCUGAAGGAGUCUAUUGUACCGCAGUCUAAAAUCUGAUGAGGCACGGGCAUAGGAAGAUUAUUAUUCAUUCGCACAACAAAUGAGGCCUCAAAGCACUCAAAUGAAGAAGAAAAAACUAAAAAUAGGGAGCGGGUAGAAAGGAAAUAAAUGCUUAGCUUUCUUAAUGAAGAAACUAUUGUUCUCCUUCUUUUAUUAUUCUUAUUAUGGGAGUGGCAUCAUGGCGGCCGUGCGAACACACCGAAGCCGGAAGUGUUGGCUCUAACACACGUCCAGCUGUGGACAGGUGUUUGUUUACGUGUGGUGCGUGCCGUGCCUCCCUGUGCAGUGCUGUGCCGUGCCGUGCCGCCGUGUGUGCUGGCCGCCGAGAUGGGGGACGAGACAUGGGCCAACAUCCAGCGAGUCAAGAGCAACAGGGAGCGGUUCCGCGAGAAGAUCAAGAAGCGGCGGGCGGAGCGCGAGACGCUGCUCAGCGCCGUGGUGGGCGGCGGCGGCAGCCCCGGCCCCGCCCUGGCCCCCGCCACGCCCCCGCCGCCCCCGGCCCCGCCAGCAGCUGCCUCCAAUGGAAAUGAGGAUUGGAACCUGGAGUGUGCCUUGCUUGAGUGCCUCAAUGGGGCAGUACCUCCUGUACCUGCAGCUCACCUCACCCUUACUCUCGCCAAUAAACUUGGCAGAAGCCUCGAGGCCAAGGACAUUGAUAAUCUUCUGCAGAAGUUUGCUUAUAAAGAACUCAUAAGCAUUACCCAAGAUGGAGGGGAGGGCCACACAACCAUAACAGUCACAGCAGUGCAGCACAGCAGAGUGACGGCAGUCUUAGGUGCCGAACACAAAGAAAAAAAACACCACACCAUCUCUUCCCAGCAAGAGGAGAGUCCUGCCGCAGAACACAGUGCUAACACCUCCGAGGAGCCACCCUCCAAAGUGCCACGCCAAGCCAAGGAGGUGAAGAAUGACAAAGAGAAGAGAAAGGAUAGGCAAGAGGAUGAUGUUAUGAGCCUCCUUUCAGCCCAGAGUAUUCGGGAACGUGAAACUAAAAAGGUUGGGGAAGAGAUCAUGGAGCUGCUAAGUAAACCCACUGCUAAGGAACAGAGCAUUGCUCAGCGUUUUAGGUCCCAGGGAGGGGCCAAGGUGCAGGAGUUCUGUCCUCAUGGUACUAAGGAGGAAUGUGAGCGAACUACAAAGAAGGGAGGACUGCAGUGUGGACGCCUACACUUCCGGAAAAUCAUUCAGAAGCACACAGAUGAGUCGCUCGGGGACUGUUCCUUUCUCAACACCUGCUUCCAUAUGGACACCUGCAGAUACGUCCACUAUGAAGUUGAUUACACAGGAGUGAGUGAACAGCAGCAACAGCAGCAACAACAGCAGCAGCAACAACAAGAACAACCAUUCUCUCUGAUGGCACCCUUGGAGCGUCCACGGCAGGAAGAACGAACCAUCCUCUUUCCCCCACAGUGGAUCCAGUGUGACCUUAGGUUUCUCGACAUGUCCAUACUAGGAAAAUUUGCAGUGAUCAUGGCUGACCCACCAUGGGACAUUCAUAUGGAGCUACCCUACGGCACCAUGUCUGACGAUGAAAUGAGGCAACUUAACAUCCCUAUCAUGCAGGAUGAGGGACUCAUCUUUCUCUGGGUGACUGGCAGGGCAAUGGAGCUGGGACGUGAGUGCCUCAAGUUGUGGGGUUACGAGCGUGUAGAUGAAAUCAUCUGGGUCAAGACCAACCAGCUGCAGAGGAUCAUUCGUACUGGCAGAACAGGACACUGGCUGAACCAUGGCAAGGAGCAUUGUCUGGUGGGUAUGAAGGGCAAUCCCAAGAUAAAUCGCGGCUUAGAUGGUGAUGUGAUUGUGGCUGAGGUACGUGCCACCAGCCACAAACCUGAUGAGAUCUAUGGCAUCAUUGAGCGUCUCUCCCCUGGUACACGCAAGCUGGAGCUCUUUGGCCGUCCUCACAACGUGCAGCCCAACUGGGUGACCCUUGGCAAUCAGUUGGAAGGUGUCAAUCUGCUAGAAGAAGACCUUGUUAAGGCCUUCAAGGAAAGUUAUCCUAAUGGUAUCUGCCGCAAGCCUUCCCCUUAGGGAUCAAAGACUGUUUAGUUCUCUACUGUAUUGAAGAAGAUAAUAGCAAAGAUAAUUUGCUGCUAGGGUUAAGACCAUGGAACAGUAUAAAUUUUAUGUACAAAGUUUUGGGACUCAGCAACAGGUUCUGCUUUAAAAUUCAUGAAAAAAAAUCAUGGAAUCAAUGUAAUACUAAUGUUUGUACAAAUUAAAAUCAUUUGUUGUACUACUAUAUUGGUGGGAACUGAACCAGAUGGACCCAUUUGGGUGGCAGUGAGUUUUAACAUUUGUCCAUUUUAAAAUGAUAUAAAGGGAUACUUUAUCAUAGCUGAAAUGACUGUAUUUUUACUAUAAAUAAAACAGAUGAACUAAAAUAAAUACUGCUAUGACAUUUCUCAUAAUAAAUAUUAAUCUUUG